CUUCAGAUAACAACGUCUCUCAGUAAGUUUUGCCUAUUCUAAACUCCUCAUUAUCAUACCCUCCCAUCGUAACAUCAGUCAUUUAUAGUAAGUGUUUACUGCUGUUGUUGAUCAAAUUCUUUAAACUUCAUACUGUGAUUAAGUUUGAUGAUUACUAUCGCAUUGUUUAUCUACUAUCGCAUUGUUUAACUAAACUAAAUAAAAUCCACAGGACUCUCGCCUUGGUUCCCAUUGCCAAGAAAACAAGCUCGCCUCGUCGGCGAGUAGGUCGACGGAGUAGACAAGAAUGUGCCACAGGCUUGGAACUUGAAGCCUCGAUAGUCACUAUGAGUCCGCACAAUGACCAAACAGACUUACCAAAGCCUCGAGCUAGAAACAGGAGCGAUACCAGGCCAUCAGUAGAUAAGCUUUUGGACGAAGUCAACAAUACAGUGGGAGGCGAACCAGCUGACGAUGCUACGAAGGAGGAAUGGGAUCACUACUUAGGUACUUGCGUAAAUGAACUGGAUCGAAGAGCUGGGUCGAGCUCAUGGCCACAACUUGAAAAGGCUGAACGGUUUGUCAAGAGAAUGGGGCAAGCACCUUUUAGAAUGGUGGGCUAUAGUAGUGACGAGGACGACGUGCCCAAAGCUAGUGGUCCGACAGCGCCAGGCCAACAGAAAGCUCAGACUGGAAAAAACCAUAAUAAUAAGGCCACGGCUACAAACGGCAAGCCUCGAGGAAGACGUCGUGAGAUGACGUACCACAAAAAGAACGAGGUACGGGCAGCUUCCACAGAAAAGCAAGCAGCAAAGGAUCCUCACGAGUUGGAAGGCGCGGAACAGUCAAGCAGCGGCAAUGGAGUGAAGGCUUCUACACCCAACAUUAUUCCACCAGGCCCGGGCCCGACUACGGAUCAGGAUAGUCCGCAGCACAAGAAGAGAUGCCGGAGAGCGGUGGAAUCUCUAAUGUCGGACUUGGGCAAGCACUGGCAACCUCAUGCUGACGAACAAGGACGUAGGCCAGCCAGGGGAAGAGGUAACAAAAACUGAUUGGCUACGUAAAUAUGUUCGUAAGACAUAUUUAUGUUUCCAGGGGGAGCUCUAGGGCGCGGGAUCGAUCGUGAUGUGGAAAGAUGUGCUCUAUGUACGCAUAGAGAAGGUUAUCUUCAUGUUUAUGCAUGUCCGAGCAACUAUUUCUGGAAAAAGUUCGGACAUUAAGUACUUUGACAUAUUUCUACAUAUGUAGAGGCAUGAAGUAUUGCUGUUCUCGAAAGCGUUAGCGUAAGAACUAUUUACG